UUGGAAUAUUAGAGGUUAUGUAGGGUUAUGUAGGUUAUAUGUAUAGCUGUCUACAAGAUAGUGAAAAAUUCAUAAAUACCUCUGAAAUGGACAGUGUUUUACCAGGCUUCGAAAAUUUGGAUACGUUUAAAGUUUCCGAAGACCUACAAAAUGAUACGGUUAAAAAAAAAUCUAAGAAAGGUGGAGGAUUUCAAACAAUGGGUUUAAGUUUUAACGUUUUAAAAGGAAUAACAAAACGUGGUUAUAAAGUACCAACACCAAUUCAACGAAAAUCUAUACCGCUCGUAAUGGAAGGACGCGAUGUUGUUGCUAUGGCUCGAACUGGAAGUGGUAAAACAGCAUGUUUCUUAAUUCCUCUCUUUGAAAAACUUAAAAUGCGAAUUGCUAAAGCAGGUGCCAGAGCACUUAUACUUUCACCUACAAGGGAGCUAGUUUUACAAACGUUUAAAUUUAUUAAAGAACUGGGAAAAUUUACUGGAUUAAAAGCAGCAGUUGUCCUAGGAGGAGAUUCAAUGGAAGAACAAUUUUCGUCUAUUCAUGGUAAUCCAGAUGUUAUAGUAGCUACUCCAGGCAGAUUUUUACAUGUCUGCAUAGAGAUGGAUCUAAAAUUAAAAAGUAUUGAAUAUGUUGUAUUUGAUGAAGCAGACAGACUAUUUGAAAUGGGAUUUGGAGAACAGCUUACUGAGAUUGUUAACAGGUAA